AUGCAGACUUUCUUGCGAAUCUCUACUACAUCGACAAGAUUAUCUCUUUACCCGAUCCGCUUUUUCACCACUCCUAGUAGAUUCGAGCGGCCGGGACCGCUACCGCUUGGUGAUCCAGAAGAACAGAAAGAAUUUGAAGAACUUGUUAAGAAACAAAGCUCUGCUGAGUUGGCAGUGACAAUAGAGGAUGAAGAGCAGUUGACCCAUCCUGAUGUGCGAAGGGAACCACCACCUGAGUUCGAGGGAGACAAGAAUCCUGUUACAGGAGAAAUCGGAGGACCCAAAAGAGACCCCUUAGUACAUGGAGACUGGAGCUAUGGAAGUAGAGUCACCGAUUUUUAG